AUGGAGGCCCUCGGCGUUGCCGCAAAUGUCAUAGCUGUGGUCGACUUGUCAGCAAAGGUGGGAGGGCUUUGUGGCGAGUACAUCAGAGAGGCCUGGAACGCAAACGACGACAUUAGGAAGUUCAAGGCCGGGGCAGAGUCCCUGCAGCAAGUUCUGGAGGACAUCAAGAACCUGCUCGCCAGCAACAGCUCGAAUGAAUAUCUGAGGCAACAGCUGGCUGCCUCUCACAGGCUGUAUGACAAGCUUCUGGAAUGCCAGGCAGAACUUGGGGCGCUUGUUGCCAGACUCGACCCCGGAAAGAACCCCAGCCGCCUCAAGCGACUCGGUAAGGCUCUCAAAUGGCCCUUUUCGAGCAAAGAAGUUGCGCAAGCCAUGGAGGCUUUGGUGCGAUGGAAGACACUGUUUUCGACGGCCAUGCAAUCAGACCAGUUAAACAUUGCAUUGCGUCUCGACGAGAAGAUCGACCUUUCUGGUCUUGUAGCUGCAAAAGGCGCGGCCUUCGAUGACUAUGAUAACGAGCCCGAGCCAAUGUGCCACCCGGAGACGAGACAAGAUCUGCUGCAACAGGUGGAGAGAUGGGUCGACAAUCCCGACGGGAAGUCCAUCUUUUGGCUCUGUGGCCCUGCUGGGACGGGAAAGUCGACGAUAUCACGCACAGUUGCAAACGUUCUUGCCGACAAAAACCAGCUUGCGGCCAGCUUCUUCUUCAACCGGACCCGGGACGGUCGUAAUAGGGCCGAUCUUUUCGUGACGACAAUUGCAAGACAACUAACCCGCCGGGUUCCUCUUGUGAGAAGCUUCAUCACAGAAGCCAUACAAGCAGAGCCAGAUCUACCCGAGAAGGGCCUUCAGGUACAAUUCGACAAGCUCAUCCUGGAUCCCUUGUUGAAAGUCAAGACCGAAAGUCUGCUACUGCCGACUCUGGUUUUAGUCAUCGACGCCCUAGACGAGUGCGAUUCAGGGAAUUCUGAUGGCUACCAGAAUCCUCAGUCUGACCGAACCCGACAAAUCGUCAGACUCCUUGCCAAGACCGCUGUCAUCAAGGGUGUGAGGGUGCGCAUCUUUCUCACAAGCAGGCCGGAGCUACCGAUCCAACUGGGUUUCCGACACGAUGUGUCUGAGCAUUCUCAUCGAGAUGUCGAACUAUUGCGGGACAUUCCCCCAGCCGUCAUUGAGCACGAUAUCCGAGUAUUCCUUGCCGCUCAAUUGGAAACGAUCAGAAACGCAUACAGCAUCCCGAAAGACUGGCCAGGAGAGGACAUUGUUGAUAGGCUUGUCACAAUCACCAUGCCUCUCUUCAUCUACGCUUCCACAAUCUGCAAAUUCGUCAACGACCCGAGGCGGCGAUUUGAUCCGCGCAGCCAGUUGCAAAAAGUCCUGAGUGGAAGCCGAGGCCAAGUAACCAACAUUCGAGGGACGUAUCAGCCGAUUCUCGAUCAGCUCUUGGUUGGGCUGUCUGACUACGACUCAGAGCAGAUGCUAGCCGAUUUCCGCAGGAUUGUGGGCUCCAUCAUUUUGCUAGCGGACCCGUUGCCUGUCGAGCCUCUCAGUCAACUUCUCAGGGUGUCCCAAGACCGAAUCCGUUGCCAGCUAAACAACCUGCACUCCGUCCUCGACAUUCCAGAAGAAACGGACCCCAAGAGAGCAGUUAAACUCUUCCACCUGUCCUUCAGGGAAUACCUGUUGAGCGAAAGAGGGGACGGCCCGUUCUCGGUUGACGAGUCGUCUAAGCACAGCGACCUGCUACAUGAUUGCCUGCAAGCCAUGUCCAGCGGAUCCAACAACACGGGCGGUCUCAGAAACGACAUCUGUCAGUUGGACGACCCAGGCGUUUUCCGCAAGGAUGUGAACCCCGAAGUGAUUCGGAAGCAUAUUCCUCAGCAUCUGCUGUAUGCUUGUACCCACUGGGCUCACCACCUGGCAGGAAGCCGCAAACUUAUACAGGAUGGAGACGAGGUGUACGUCUUCCUGACUCGUAACUUUGUCCACUGGCUGGAGGCAAUGAGUUGGAUGGGCAAAAUGAAGGAAAGUGUCGAAAUCGUUCUCGGAUUGCAGGAGGCUGUUGCCAUGCCGGACUCUCAGGCCGCCGCCUUCUUGCGAGAUGCCAGGCGCUAUUCUCUUUUCGCCUACGGGUUCUAUCGUCAAGCAGACGUUUCUCUCCGAGGUCCCGGCAUGGGUGGUGAAGUAUCCUGA